AUGUUUUUUACAAUCAUUUUGGUUUUUAUAUCUUUUAUAGCUUAUAAAGUUUAUCCAAAAUUCAGUGUACCUGAAGGAAUUAAAGAUGUACCAACAUUAAGUUUCUUGAAAUAUGUUUCAGCUAUGAUUUCUAAUAGUCCUAACAAAAAUUGGAAAGGUACGCAUGAAGUUCUCGAGAAAGAAGGAAUUGGAAAACUCUGGUUCAAUGGAGAAUGGCGUAUCGUUACAACCGAUUUGGAACUUACAAAAGAAGUAUUUUCAAAAACAGACUUAUAUCCUAAAUCAUCGCUCGAAGAAUCGUUUCCCGGAUCUUUAAUGACUAAUUACUACGGUACGAACGUUGUCUUUUCCAACGGUUUGGAAACGUCAUCGGUACUGUAUCAUUUUAUCAUCAGUGAUUGA